CGCGACCGUGUCGUUAGUCUUGAUCCACAUUUAAAGUGCUUCGGACGUGGACGUGAAUCUUCAGCCGAGCGAAAAUCGAAAGCGAGAAAAAUAAACUCUCAGAAACGAGUUUCCACUACUAUCGGGGUGGUGUUCUGGGUACUGUGCGGGUGUGUGCGAAGGUGUUUUAAAAAUAUACUAAGAGUUGAGCCGAGGAGAGAGAGAGCGGCAAGGAGUGUGUCGAUAAACCGUCCAAAGAAGGAUCUCUGUUUUUUUUUUUGACCUGGUGAAGUCGACAAUUAAUCAGCCAAAAUGAACUGUGGACUGUCCACGAUCAAGUACCUGCUGUUCGUGUUUAACUUGUUGUGCUCGCUAUGCGGUAUUGCACUGGUCGUCAUCGGCGGCGUGUCACUGGCCAAAAUUUCCGAUCUGCAGCAGAUUAGCGAGGACCACAACAUCGUCGCCCCGUCCAUCUUCUUCAUCAUUCUGGGUUCGGUCGUGUUCGUGAUUGCGUUCUUCGGAUGCUGCGGAGCCAUUCGCGAGUCCUACUGCAUGACCCAGACCUACGGAUUCUUCUUGCUGAUUCUGAUUAUUGGCCAAAUCGUGAUUGCUGCCCUGGUGUUCAUCUACGUGGGAGAUGUUCGCGAAGCGUUCAAGACCGGAUUCGCUAAGAUCUUCGCCGAGCGUGACCGUCAAACCAAUGCCGAACUGAUUGACACCAUCCAGAGCAACCUUCAAUGCUGCGGAAAGUCUUCGGCCUUGGAUUGGCUCGGCAACACGCCCCAAUCUUGCUGCCAGUCUGGAACUGCUCCGCUGUGCGUGCCAUGGCUGCGGGGUUGUACGUCUGCGCUGGGAGAAUUCAUCGACACGACGGGAGUGGUCCUGGGAUGGGUUUCGCUUGGAGUGGCCGUCGUUGAGCUCGUCGGUCUCAUUUCCGCCUGCUGCCUGGCCAACGGAAUCCGCAACCGCGACAGGAGAUACGCUUAAGCUUGAUGUAGUCGCUUAAUGUGGGGGUAACUUGUGCUUUAUGUAUUUUUUUUUUUUAAACAAAAUUUCAUUCGCUGGCCGGGAAUCAACGGAGUUAGGCGCUUAUGAUCCCACUCCCCCAACAACGCUCGAACAAAAACAAAACGCGUCUAAAUUUUAAACCCAUUCUAAAAAAAAAUCAAACGGCCACAUUCUCACCACUUAUCAGCAAACCGAUGCUCGUCCAGGAUAGAAGCUUUAAGGAAACAAAUCUCUCCACCGUUGCGUAGCUUUGUUUUACCGUGUACGGCGCCGCGCUGCACGCGGGUCGAAGCAGAUUCGAUCGCGAAAUUUAUGCUUUCACAAAAAGAAAACCAAUCUAACAUUCGCGCACAACGAGAUACGAGUUUGAGUUAUUUUCCAGUAACAAAUUUAGUGGUUAGUCGUGUCUCUUAACACGAACAGAACAUACGAAUAAGAUUCAUUGUUAUUUUCAAACAAACAGCAAAUCAUACCAGAUAAUCAACAAAAAAAAACUAAGUUGGAUUAAAUACAAUACAUUGUACAUGUGAGUGAAGUA